UUAAUAAUAAUGUGUAAUAGGCAGCAACUGGCUCGCUCGCUGGAUAAUGACGGAUGGGAACGACGACAGGUGACAACAGCGGAACUUUGGGAAACAACGUACGGGGAUUAUCCCUUGAACUAAUCGCAAUCGGGCAAAUAAGGGUACUCCUUUGGAUUGUUAUUGACAGGGUUUCUUUCCCAGGUCGAAAGAGAGUCAUGGAAAGUCACGGAAUUUCUACUAUCAGGCGAAAAUGGUUAUUUUUCUUUUUCUCUUUAUUGCUAUGGCGCUGUCGUUGCUCCGUGUGGUUGGAGCAGCUCUUGGUAUGUUAAUUGGGCAUGCAUGUAUGUAGUAUGUUUUUGUUCACGCGCGCGGGGGCUCAGGUCGCUCGCACUCUUUUGCGCACGGAAUAUUCCACCGUAUCGCUAUGGGCUGGGCUUUAUCCAUUUAGGGCAAUUCGCACACGUUUCAUGGGUCCCGCCAUGGCAGUCACUAAGAUGCUAAGCCCGGAUGUUAUUAGUCCAGGCGGUAGC